CCGUUGACGCUAUAAUAUGGCGCACAACCUCGUUCUUGGACGCUGGCCAACGGCGAAGCUGAAAACGCAGUUCUCGCCGAUCUCUGUCUAUAGUCACAGUCUGUCGGCUGAUUCAACAUGAUGGACACCCACAUCUCCACCUUUCCAUUGGAAAUCGUGGAAAAAAUCCUCUCCAAUCUUCAGGGAGAGGCCUUGAUCACUGCUUCUCAGGUCUGCUGGCUAUGGAGCUGCGUUGCGAACAGAAUAAUGCGAAACUCCAACCGUGACUCAUUUUCUGACGAACUACUGCAAGAUCUCCAGCUUGAUAUUGAGGACCAAAAGGGCGACCAUUUGUUGGAUUUGUAUAGAGAGAUUCGGCCCGAAUUAGCGUUGCUGCAAGAAACACCCCAAGUGAAAUUGCACCAUUCCGUGUCAGUCAUUCAGGCUGAUGAACACAGAAUUUAUGUUGGAGAUAGUGCUGGAAAUAUUAUGGUCUAUGAAUUAUUGGACAGCAUGGAAUCCUACCUCAGUCCUGAACCAGUGAUGUCUGCAGUCAUUCCUGAUGGCGCAGUUGUACACAUGAGCCAAAUGAAAGCGCAUGAUCUCCUUUUUGCAUGCUCCCCUUGUCACAUUCACAUAUUUAGCACAAAAUGCACAAAUUCGGGAUUGGUCAGCCUCAAGCCAUUGAAAACUUUGAUUCCAUGUGAAUACAAAACACCAACUCUCAAGGUGCAAAAAGACUUGUUGGGUAUCUCCGAUGGAAACACAGAUGUUCAAAUUUUCAGAGUACUAGGCGUAGAAAAUGAGGUGGUAAUGACAACUACCAUUGCAAACUUUUCAACGCCGUUUGGUCUCUUCAGAUGGAAAAUAUGGAAUAAUCAGGUUUUGUGUGUUCUGAAAACUGGCAGUGUUUGUGUGUGGGACUUGGAUACAGGAAAAUUUGUACACAACUCCGAACCAUAUUCUGAACUUCGCUAUCAAAAUCCGUGUUGGCUGUACCAGAGAUAUGUACUUUGCUCAUCAGAGCUAUCAAGAAACCUCCUAUCCAGGUAUAUCUAUAUGAUGCCUACCUGUCCUGCAGCCUACUGGCACAUAUCUUGUGGCCCUGCGUAUUGGCUCUUCGGCAGACUUGAUGGGAAGCAUGACCCAGAGCCGGAGAAGUACCGAGGAAUUCUGCCACCAGAUGUUUCCUCGGUUUGUCUACGUCGGCGGAUUCUUGCUUGUGCCAGAAGGAGCCCAUACCAAAUCACUUUGUACCUAAUGCCGCACAAGCUCCCCCAUGACAAAGAGGCGCUUACUAAGGCGUUGCAAACACCACUCCUCUCGUUUGAUGUGCCAGAGCACAUUUUGUUCAUGGAAAUGGGCUUUCAAGGUUCCCGCUUACUACUCUUCACUUAUUCGCAGCCAGGAAAUCUUCAAUGUUACAUUAUGGCACGUUGACAAAACAAAUGCUCAAAAUUUUAUAAAUAUUUU